AUGUUCAAUUCGAAGAGACCGUGUGUACGUAAAGAUUGUCCAUUAGCACAACGUACUGUUAGGGAUGGAGAUUUAAUAGGGAUAAACUAUCCAUUACGUUCUCCAUCCAGCACCAACAUUCAUCCGAAUGCUCGAUGGCAACAAAAUGGUAUCACUGUAGCUGGAGGAAAUCGACAAGGCAAUGGAAUCAAUCAACUCUCAAACCCAUUGGGUUUGUAUGUUGAUGAUGAUCAAACAAUUUAUGUUGCUGAUCGAGCGAAUCACCGUAUUGUGGAAUGGAAACGAGGUGCAACAAGUGGCCAAGUGGUUGCCGGUGGAAAUGGACAAGGAAGUGGAGAUCAUCAAUUGCAUAACCCAAGAGAUGUGAUUAUCGACAAAGAGAGAGAUAGUCUCAUCAUAUGCGAUUAUUCGAAUAGAAGAGUGGUUCGAUGGCCUCGUCGAAAUGGGACAAGUGGAGAAACAAUCAUCUCCAACAUCGCUUGUAUGGGUUUGACAAUGGACGAGAAUGGAUCUCUCUAUGUCACUGAUGUUGAAAGAGAUGAAGUGAGACGAUAUCGAAGAGGAGAAUCUCAAGGAACAGUGGUUGCAGGUGGCAAUGGAAAUGGAAAUCGUCUCGAUCAACUCUCUUUCCCACGAUACGUAUUCGUCGAUCGAGAUCAUUCAGUGUACGUAUCUGAUGAGAUAAAUCAUCGUGUGAUGAAAUGGAUGGAAGGUGCAAAACAAGGCAUUGUCGUGGCUGGUGGUCAAGGAGAAGGAAAUGAUCUUACACAAUUGUCAUCUCCUCGAGGAGUCGUUGUCGAUCAAUUGGGCACUGUCUAUGUGGCUGAUUGGAGGAAUGAUCGAAUCAUGCGUUGGCCUAAAGGAGCCACACAAGGAAGUGUCAUUGUUGGUGGAAACGGUAGUGGAGAACAAUCGAAUCAACUUCAUUGGCCCGUCGGUUUGUCAUUCGAUCGACACGGGAAUCUCUAUGUCGUCGAUAGCAUCAACGCUAGAGUCCAGAAAUUCGAACUCAAAUCCAAUCCGAACUCAGCCUUAAAACCCAGAAAAUAGCGUCAAAAAACAAAAACUUUCACAAAAUGAUUCAUCCAAUUAACUAAUUGCUUAAUUAACAAAAGUAAACAUUAAUUAAUACUUUAUACACUAAGCAUAUUACAAACAAUAAAUCAAUAACAACUGUCACGAAAUGAAAAAACACCCAUCGUAUAGUAGGAAACCGUAAACACACAUAAAAACGGAAACAACAAAACAUGGCGGAGACCUGGCUGACUUUCCUCAAAAUGGAAACCUUGGAUUUUCCACGUCGAUCCCAAGGUUUCCAUGAGAGGCAACGAAGUCUGGCACUUGGAAUAUUGUAGAUCAUGAUGAAUUCUAUCAGAUUCCAAGGAUUCCAAAAGAUUGUAAAGUGAGAACCCAUGCAGCUUUCGACCUCCAGAAAACCCCUAUGGUAUCCAUCGGCCCUUAGAAGCAUUGCCAAUGCUUCCAAGGAUUCCAUGACAGACAACAAAGUCUGGCACUUGGAAUAUUGUAGAUCAUGAUGAAUUCUAUCAGAUUCCAAGGAUUCCAAAAGACUGUAAAGUGAGAACCCAUGCACCUUUGGACCUUCCGAAAACCACUAUGGUCUCCAAAGGACUUUUGAAGCAUUACCACUGACUCCAAGGAUUCCAUGAUUGACAACAAAGUCUGGCACUUGGAAUAUUGUAGAUCAUGAUGAAUUCUAUCAGAUUCCAAGGAUUUCAAAAGAUUGUAAAGUGAGAACCCAUGCAACUUUGGACCUCCAGAAAACCCCUAUGGUCUCCAUAGGACUUUUGAAGCAUUGUCAAUGCUUCCAUGGAUUCCAUGAGAGACAACAAACCCUGAUACUUCGAAUAUUGUAGAUCAUGAUGAAUUCUAUCAGAUUCCAAGGAUUCCAAAAGAUUGUAAAGUGAGAACGCAUGCAACUUUGGACCUCCCGAAAACCCCAUAUGGUCUCCAUAGGACUUUUGAAGCAUUAAAGCUGACUCCAAGCAUUCCAUGAGAGACAACAAAGUCUGGCACUUGGAAUAUUGUAGAUCUUGAUGAAUUCUAUCAGAUUCCAAGGAUUCCAAAAGAUUGUAAAGUGAGAACCCAUGCAACUUUGGACCUCCCGAAAAUUCCUAUGGUCUGCAAAGGCAUUUUGAAGCAUUACCAUUGACUCCAAGGAUUCCAUGAGAGACAACAAAGUCUAGCACUUGGAAUAUUGUAGAUGAUGAUGAAUUCUAUCAGAUUCCAAGGAUUCCAAAAGAUUGUAAAGUGAGAACCGAUGCAACUUUGGACCUCCAGAAAACCCCUAUGGUCUCCAUAGGACUUUUGAAGCAUUGUCAAUGCUUCCAAGGAUUCCCUGAGAGACAACAAAGUCUGAGACUUCGAAUAUUGUAGAUCAUGAUGAAUUCUAUCAGAUUCCAAGGAUUCCAAAAGAUUGUAAAGUGAAAACCCAUGAAACUAUGGACCUCCAGAAAACCGCUAUGGUCUCCAUAGGACUUUAGAACCAUUACCGCUGACACCAAGGAUUCCAUGGGAGGCAACAAAGUGUGGCACUUGGAAUAUUGUAGAUGAUGAUGAAUUCUAUCAGAUUCCAAGGAUUCCAAAAGAUUGCGAAUUGAGACCUCAUGCAACUAUGGGCCUCCUGAAAAUCCCUAUUGUGUCUGUAGGUAUUUUGAAUCAUUGCCAAGGCUUCCAAGGAUUCGAUGAGAGGCAACAAAGUGUGGCAUUUGGAGUAUUGUAGAUCAUGAUGAAUUCUAUCAGAUUGCAAGGAUUCCAAAAGAUUCUGAAGAGGGAGCCCAUGCAACUGUGAGCAUCCCGAAAACCCCUAUGGUAUCCAUUGGUAUUUUGGUGGAUAGGAAGGAAGCCGCGGAGUCGAUGGAAUGAAACAAUAUCUGGCAUGCAGAAUAUUGUUGAUUGUGAUGAAUUUCUGGCAAGGGGGAAACAACUGACUCCGGGAGUCCGGGACUCCUUGGGACUUCAUGGGACUCCAUACAUAUGCGGAGUUCAAAAGCCCUUGCUAUUAUUUAAAUCUACUGCUUUUCACGAUUGAUUACUAAAAACAAAGAAAAGAAAUUAUAUAAGUGAAAAUAUGUUAACAUUUGGGAAGAUACGAAAAUUAUUCAAUUACUGUUUGCUCAAAAGAAGGGCUUUUAUUACUAUCAACAUCUCAUAUAUUUGCUUAAAAUUCAUGGGUAGAGUGUAAAACAAAUUAAGAAAAAAACAUAUGUAUAAACAUAAAAAUAAUAAAUUACGAAAUAGACCAAGCAUGUA